AUGGAUAUCGAGCUUUUUGUUUUGAAUCCAAAAAUGAUAUUGUCCAUCCUGACGGGUCUGUUGCCCCCAACAUCAGGGACUGUGCUCAUUGGGGGAAAGGACAUUGAAACCAGCCUGGAUGCAGUCCGGCAGAGUCUUGGCAUGUGUCCACAGCACAACAUCCUAUUCCACCACCUCACAGUGGCUGAACACAUCCUGUUCUAUGCCCAGCUGAAAGGGAAGUCCUGGGAAGAGGCCCAGCUGGAGAUGGAAGCCAUGUUGGAGGACACAGGCCUCCACCACAAGAGGAACGAAGAAGCUCAGGAUCUAUCAGGUGGCAUGCAGAGGAAGCUGUCUGUUGCCAUUGCCUUCGUGGGAGGUGCCAAGGUUGUCAUUCUGGAUGAGCCCACCUCAGGGGUGGACCCCUACUCAAGACGCUCAAUUUGGGACCUGCUCCUGAAGUACCGCUCAGGCAGAACCAUCAUCAUGUCCACUCACCAUAUGGACGAGGCCGACCUCCUCGGGGACCGCAUCGCCAUCAUUUCCCAGGGAAGGCUCUACUGCUCGGGCACCCCGCUCUUCCUGAAGAGCUGCUUUGGCACGGGCUUCUACUUAACCUUGGUGCGCAAGAUGAAAAACAUCCAGAACCAAAGAGCAGGCUGUGAGGCGACCUGCAGCUGUGCGUCUGAGGGUUUCUCCGGCAGGUGUCCAGCCCACAUAGAUGAGAUGACUCCGGAACAAGUCUUGGACGGAGAUGUGAAUGAGCUGAUGGAUAUGGUACAACACCAUGUUCCAGAGGCAAAGCUGGUGGAAUGCAUUGGUCAAGAACUUAUCUUCCUUCUUCCAAAUAAGAAUCUCAAGCAGAGAGCAUACACCAGCCUUUUCAGAGAGCUCGAGGGCACACUAGCCGACCUGGGGCUCAGCAGUUUUGGAAUUUCUGACACUCCCCUGGAAGAGAUUUUUCUGAAGGUCACGGAGGAUUCUGACUCAGGACCUCUGUUUGCUGGUGGCACUCAACAGAAAAGAGAAGACGUCAGCCUCCGACACCCGUGGUUGGGCCCCAGAGAGGCCAGACAGAUUCCGCAGGGCUCUGAUGGCUGCGCGGCCGAAGCAGCGCCUCCCCCUGGCGGCCAGGCCUGCCCGGAGCCCAAGCCCCGCAGCCAGCUCAACACAGGGGCGCGGCUCCUCCUCCAGCACGUGCAGGCAUUGUUGGUCAAGCGGUUCCACCGCAGUGUGCGCAGCCACAAGGACUUCCUGGCCCAGGUAUUACUGUUGGGCCUUGCCCGCGCUUGGCCUCUGGUGGCCAAAGCCUGCCUGCCCUCUCCUGGCCUUUCCCUCCUCUCUCUUUCUCGCUUUCUCCUGGCCUUUCUCCUGCUGCUGAGUGAAACAACAAGCUUCCAGGGGAUUCUGGAGGCCAUUACCUGGAGUUGGGUGAGGCCUUCCCAGAGCCUGCCUUUGUCCUUCUCCUGCUUCUGCUCCUCCUUCUUCACCUCUCUUUCACUAUGUCUCUCCUACUGCUGCAGGCUGACCACUUCAGUGGAUGCUUUGGUUUCCAUAUGUGUGAUUUUCGCCAUGUCCUUCGUCCCAGCCAGCUUUGUCCUUUAUUUGAUCCAGGAGAGGGUAAACAAAGCCAAGCACCUCCAGUUUGUCAGUGGAGUGAGUCCCACCACCUACUGGCUGACCAACUUCCUCUGGGACAUUAUGAAUUAUGCUGUGAGCGCAGCGCUAGUGGUGGGAAUCUUCAUCGGGUUUCAGAAGAAAGCCUACACUUCUCCAGAAAAUCUUCCUGCCCUUGCUGCACUGCUCAUGCUGUAUGGAUGGGCAGUCAUUCCCAUGAUGUACCCAGCAUCCUUCCUAUUUGAUGUCCCCAGCACAGCCUAUGUGGCCUUGGCUUGUGCUAAUCUGUUCAUCGGCAUCAACAGCAGUGCCAUCACCUUCAUCUUGGAAUUAUUUGAGAAUAACCAGCCGCUGCUCAGAUUCAACGCCAUGCUGAGGAAGCUGCUCAUUAUCUUUCCCCACUUCUGCCUGGGCCGGGGCCUCAUUGACCUGGCGCUGAGCCAGGCUGUGACAGAUGUCUACGCUCGGUUCGGUGAGGAGCACUCUGCAAAUCCGUUCCAGUGGGACCUGAUUGGGAAGAACCUGGUUGCCAUGGCCGCAGAAGGGGUGGUGUACUUCCUCCUGACUCUCCUCAUCCAGCACCACUUCUUCCUCACCCGAUGGAUUGCUGAGCCUGCUAAGGAGCCUAUCAUAGAUGAAGAUGAUGAUGUGGCUGAAGAAAGACAAAGAAUUAUUAAUGGGAGAAAUAAAACUGAUAUCUUAAGGCUAAAUGAACUAACCAAGAUUUAUUCGGGCACCUCCAGCCCAGCAGUGGACAGGCUGUGUUUCGGAGUCCGCCCUGGAGAGUGCUUUGGUCUUCUGGGCGUGAAUGGAGCUGGCAAAACAACCACAUUCAAGAUGCUUACUGGGGACACCACAGUGACCUCAGGCGACGCCAUGGUAGCAGGCAAGAGUAUUUUAACCAAUAUAUCUGAUGUCCAUCAAAAUAUGGGUUACUGUCCUCAGUUUGAUGCAAUUGAUGACCUGCUCACAGGGCGAGAACAUCUUUACCUUUAUGCCCGGCUUCGAGGUGUACCGGCAGAUGAAAUUGAAAGGGUGGCAAACUGGAGUAUUCAGAGCCUGGGCCUGUCUCUCUAUGCAGACUGCCUGGUCGGCACCUACAGUGGAGGCAACAAGCGGAAACUCUCUACAGCCAUCGCUCUGAUGGGCUGCCCACCUCUGGUGCUGCUGGAUGAGCCCACCACAGGCAUGGACCCCCAGGCACGCCGCAUGUUGUGGAACACCAUUGUGAGCAUCAUCAGGGAAGGGAGAGCUGUGGUCCUCACAUCCCACAGCAUGGAAGAAUGUGAGGCUCUGUGUACCCGACUGGCCAUCAUGGUAAAGGGCACCUUACAGUGUCUGGGCACCAUUCAGCACCUCAAGUAUAAGUUUGGAGAUGGCUACAUCGUCACAAUGAAAAUCAAAUCCCCGAAGGAAGACUUGCUUCCCAACCUGAAUCUGGUGGAGCAGUUCUUCCAGGGGAACUUCCCGGGCAGCGUGCAGAGGGAGAGACAUUACAACAUGCUGCAGUUCCAGGUCUCCUCCUCCUCCCUGGCCAGCAUCUUCCGGCUGCUCCUCUCCCACAAGGACAGCCUGCUCAUCGAGGAGUACUCCGUCACGCAGACCACGCUGGACCAGGUAUUUGUGAAUUUUGCUAAACAGCAGACUGAAAUUCACGACCUCCCCUUGCACCCUCAUGCUGCUGGAGCCAGCCAACAAGCCAAGGUCUGAUCUCCACACUACUCAUUCGCUCCAGCCAGAAAGAAACUCCGGGCAGCUGGGAAGGCAGGAGCUUCUGCCAUAGGGUCAUCUGGUCGGACCCGCUCGGCAACAGAAACAAACCCAUGCGGGCCAUACCGCGAGCUCCGAAGGGGGCUCUUUCAGAGAGAAACCACGGCUGACUUCCUCACCUCAAACCCCUGAUGAUGAAACUGACCCAGCCAAACAAAUGCAAAACCCUUCUUAUCCAGCCCAUCCUACUAGGAGCACUACUCCAUAUCACGCUCAUUUUCAGUGGAUCUUCUGGGGGGGUGUGUGUGUCUUUGUGUGUGUGUGUGUUAUUUUUAAGGAGAAAACAAAGUACAAAUGUACUUAUCACAGACCAUUUGAAUUCACUCAUCUCCCUGGUGUGCCCCACAUGGUACUUAGACACCCUUUGUGCGUGUGUAGCUUCCCGUCACGGCGUGAGCCUCUGUGAGCAUUACUGCCACAGAAGCGCUAGCCAUGGCAAGAUUCCGCAGCGCUGGCGCGGACGGGAGCGGACUGGUCUUGAUGUCCCAUAUCAAGUCUGCUUUGUAGGGUUUGAAGAAAACACCCAGCUGGCAACGCACGUAAACAUUAUCCAUGGUCAGGGGCUAUUAGCUGAAUCUAGGUUUCAUGUCUGUUUGCCCAGCUUAUCUGAGUGCCUACCUCACAGGUAUAAUUAGGACAGGAGACAAAGAGGCAAGGACAAGUGAGAGUGGCUGCUUGGUUGGACAGGAGAUCCAACAUGUCUCUGUAACUGUUGAGAGAUGUCAUAUAGUGCCAUGCCAUUUCCAUGUGCUGACGUGUGCAUCUUCUGCAGGGAUGUUAGGGGGGUAGUGGCUCACAGGACAUCUGAUUGUUUGCAGAAAAGCUCAUGAAGGGGGCGCCUGGGUGGCCCAGUCGUGAAGCGUCUGCCUU